UUCAUGUAUACUGCUUGUAGGACUGUUGUUUCAUUCUGUUUUCAUAGAGUUAGAACAUUCAUGAUAGAAUGUGACUAUUUGGAAAUCAUCUUUUUGAGUAAUUAUCUUUGCUCAGAUAUAUUAUGUCCCCUUAUAUCUAGGAAAAAACUUCCAGGUAACACAUGGUCAAACCAUACUUUUUUUUUUCAGAGUCUGUUGACAUUUGGGGAUGUAGCUGUGGACUUCCCCCAGGAGGAGUGGGAAUGCCUGGACUCUGCUCAGAGGGCUUUGUAUAUUGAUGUGAUGUUGGAGAAUUAUAACAACCUGGUGUCUGUUGAGAACUAUUGCAAAUGUGAUCCUGUCCAUCAACAUGUGAAGACUGAAAAGGAGUCUUGUCAGUGUAAUGAGCUUGUCAAAGUGCUUCAUGACCCCUCCACAUGUGCACCUCAUAAAACAGGUGAAACUACAGAAAACUCUAAUAACUACACUUGCAGUAAUCACAGGGAUGCUUCUAUUGACUCAUCAAAUUCAGAUAGACAUGAAAGUAUGCACACUGGAGAAGAACCUUGCAAAUCUAAAGACUGUGAGAAAUCUUUAAAUUUGUGUUCCAACAUUACACAAAAUCAGGGACUCUACACUGCAAAGAAAGAGCACAGGCAGCAAGAAUAUGAUGACUAUUUCAGCGCUGCAUACAGUCUGUUGCAACAACCAAUCUACAUUGGAGAGACACCACACCGGUGUGAGAAAUGCGGGAAAUGCUUCAGUACUGCCUCAUGCCUCACUGUACAUGAAAGAAUUCAUACCGGAAUUAAACCUUAUAAGUGCAAAGUUUGUGAAAAAUCCUUUACCCAGUGGUCAAGUCUUAAAACACAUCAAAGACUUCAUACUGGGGAGAAACCUUACAAAUGCAAAGAAUGUGGAAAGUCAUUUCCACAGUUGUCAGCAUUUCGUAGCCAUCAAAAAUUGCAUACUGGAGAGAAACCUUACAAAUGUAAGGAAUGUGACAAAUCCUUUGCCCACUAUUCCAAUUUUAGGAGACACCAGAAAAUGCAUACUGCUGGAAGACAUUAUAGUUGUCAGGAAUGUGGCAAGGUCUUUCAUCAGAUUUCACACCUUAAAAGCCAUUACAGACUCCAUACUGGAGAGAAGCUUUACAAGUGCAGUGACUGUGACAGAUCCUUUCCUCACUAUUCAUCAUUGAGUAGGCAUAGGAAAACUCAUUCUCUAGAGAAGUUUCACAAAUGCAAAGAAUGUGGUAAGUCCUUUCUUGAAUUAUCACAUCUUAAAAUACAUUACAGACUCCAUACUGGUCAGAAGCCUUACAAAUGUGAGGUAUGUCACAAAUUCUUUACCUUAAACUCAACUCUUAAAACACAUCAGAAAAUUCAUACUGGGGAGAAACCUUACAAAUGUGAGGAAUGUGAGAAAUCCUUUACCAAACACUCAGAUCUUAGAAGACAUCAGAGUGUUCACACUGGAGAGAAACCUUACAAAUGUAAGGAAUGUGACAAGUCUUAUACUAGCUGCUCAUAUCUUAGAGCACAUCAGAAAAUUCAUACUGGAGAGAAACUUCACAAAUGCAAAGACUGUAAUAUAUCCUAUAUCCAUAUUGCAAGUCUUAGGAGACAUCAGAGAGUUCAUACUGGAGAGAGACCUUACAGAUGUAAGGAAUGUGACAAAUCCUUUACCAGUUGCUCAAAUCUUAGAAGACAUCAGAGUGUUCACACUGGGGAGAAACCUUACAAAUGUAUGGAAUGUGACAAGUCCUUUACCCAGGACUCACAUCUUAGAACACAUCAAAGGGUUCAUACUGGAGAGAGACCUUACAGAUGUCAGGAAUGUGAUAAAUCUUUUGCCCACUCUUCUGGUUUAAGGAGACAUCAGAAAAUCCAUAAUGGAGAGGAACCAUACGAAUGCAAAGACUGACACAUCCCUUAUCCCAAUGUCUUUCUGUACAUUGGAAAUUAUACUUCCUCAAAUGCAUUGAAUUUGACAAGUCCUUUACAUUUUUCUGAAGUUGCAGAGAUAAAAGAAAAUUCAUCAUUAAAGAAAACACUCUGAUAAAUUCUUACCUUUUAUUCACCUUCAAAAUCUUCAUAGUAGAGUCACAUCUCUUGUGUUACAAAAUGAUAGGCUCCUACAUAGCUUCAUGGUCAUCUCAUGAAGAUGACCUUGGUUGAUCUUUCAGCAGCCCCCUCUCUUCUCCAUAUGCAUUACAUAUUUGAACCAUUCUGCCCCCAGGAUUCCCACUCUCUAAUUUCAUAUCACCUAUAUUCUGCUAUCCACCCCAUCUUUUUCUCCCCACUAAUUGUCUAUUUCAGGAUUCCUGGCUUCUGCAUGUAGUCUUACUUGAACACACAAAACAAAGUUUGUAGCUUAGUCACAUAUGUGAGAGAACAUGUGAUGUUUGACUUUUGGGGUCUAGGUAUUUGAACUGGUCAUAAUCAUUUCUAGUUACCUACAUGUACACCUAGAUUUCACACUUCCAUUUUAAUUUACACCUAAACAAUAUGCUGCGUUACAUAGAUAAGUAUCACAUUAUCAUUUACUCAUGUUUCAGUUUAUGCACAUCUAUGUUGUUACCAUUUCCUAGAUACAUUGAAUAAAGCAGCAAUGCACAUGAUGGGCAAAUGCUCAUUGGUAAAAUGGCAAGUCUUUGAAGUUCAUGCCCAGGAACAGUUAUAGUGUAUCAAUUUCCUCUGAAAUUAAAUCCUUCCGUCUUGGAGGAAUCUCCUUCAAACAAAGGGCAUGAAAAGUGAGGUAAAGGAACAGGAUGCUCUAAGGCAGUGGAAUACAGGAACCCUUUAAUACAGUUCCUCAUGUUGUGGUGACCCCCCAUCCAUAAAAUUAUUAUUUUGUUAUUUCAUAGUGGUAAUUUUGCUACUGUUAUGAAUUGUAAUGUAAGUAUCUCAUAUGCAGGAUACCUGAUAUGAGACCCCAAAGGGAUUGUGACAAAGGGGUUGAGAGACGUUGCUCUAGGGGGAGGUGAUACAUUCAGUCCUGCAGAGAAGUUCUUUAAGCUCAGAAAUGGGCGACUUAAUAGCUUUGGGAAGUCACAGAAACUGGCAAGAUUCACUAGGGCUCCCCAGCCUCAAGCAUAUAUAAUCAGUAAGGAGUGCUUGCACUGUCAGACUACUGAACUGCACAGAAGAUGCUCAGACCAUCCCUUAGGCAGACAGUUGUCAAGCUGCCUGGACCAGACCAGACAAGCUGCUUGGAGGAGGUAGUAUCUCUGCCUGAGGUGCCAGCCCCCAGUAGCACAGGGCUCAGGGAAAUCCACAGAAUCGGCAUGUACUAGACUUUUCUAUUUAAGGGGGUUAGGGAAAAAGAUACACACGCUUGAUGUUUUCCUUCAGACUUUUUCUUUAUUCUUCUUUUCCAUUCUCUAUUCUUUAUUCUCCUGGUGAUUUCCUUCUCUCGUUCUUGAUGUUUUCCUUCUAACUCUCAUUCUUGUUCUUAUCCUUCUAACUCAUUUUAACUCUCAUUCUUGAUGUUUUUCUUCUAACUAAUUUAAAUCUCAUCUUGAUGUUUUCCUUCUAGCCCAUUUUAACUAUAUUUUCUUUCUUAUAGCUUAUAUAACCCACAAAAUCUUUCAGGCAAUAUAAAAAUUAUAAUGCGGUUAUAUUCUGUUUUUCAAGUGAAUGAUUAUAAUGAAUACAAAACAAACAGUAAAAAACAGCAUGUUUUCCAUAUCCUUUACUUGCUUAAACAUUUACAUAUUACAGGUGAAGAACAAAUUUUCCCAAGAACCCAUGUACAUUCAUAACCAAGCAACUUGUUAUAGAUUAACAGAGUGGGAAAGCAAAGUGUUCUUCUUAGGCCCUUUACUGGCAGGCUGCACUUUGCAGUUACAAAGAAAGGACCAAUUACUUUGUUACUUAUCUUGAAAGGCAAUCUUAUAUGGAAUCUUAAAGGAAUCAGAAACUUAAACUUUUAUAUGUGAAAAAGAAUCAGUCAGCUCUACUUUAACUCUUUAGAUUGUAUACCCACUCAUGAAUAGUUUUUUAUAUCAGAAGAUUGAGGGCAAAAAUGGGUGUAAAGAAUUAAUCAUCACGUUUGGUCAUCAACCAAUUCAGCAAAAAUGGUGCAUCAGCUAGUAAUAAUUGGGCUCCUUUGUUCUUGUUCCCUGACCUUAAAGAGGGUUCCUCAUUCAACUAUGUGCUUUUCUAAAACUUUAGAUUACCUUGAGUUUUUCACCUUAAAGCUAUUUGAAAAAAAAAAAAAUCUUAGUCUAAGUUAUUUUCAAAGCUUUGUUUCAGCUGUGAUGCACUCUGAAACCUGUGAACACAUCUCCCAACAUUAAGGUUAAAAGAAUUCAAGCUAGCUGGGCUAACUGGGACUCACACAGAAGAGAGGCACAACAGUGGGCCCAUGAUCAUGGAAUCCACUGGUCUUACCAUGUUCCCCACCAUGCAGAAGCAGCUGGCCAUAUAGAAAGAAGGAAUGGCUUUUUGAAGAAACAGUUACAGGGCCAAUAAGGUGGCAGCAGCCUGGAGGGCGUGGCAGGGUUUUCCAGAAGGCAAUAAAUGC